AUGAAGUACUCGCCCUCAGUGAGCUCCUCGCGGCGGAAGUCCCGUAAGGCGCACUUCACCGCCGACUCGGCCACCCGCCGCAAGAUCAUGACGGCGCCGCUGUCCAAGGAGCUGCGGGAGAAGUAUGGCAUCAAGCGUCUCCCCAUCCGCAAGGACGACGAGGUGAAGCUGGUGCGCGGGAAGCACGCGAAGGGCGACCAGGACCUCCAGGGCAAGGUGGUGCAGGUGUACCGGAAGAAGUGGGUCAUCCACAUUGAGCGCCUGGCUCGGGAGAAGUCCAACGGCCAGACCGUCAACAUCGGCAUCUGCCCGUCCAAGGUGACGAUCACCAAGGUGAAGGAGGACAAGAACCGGAAGGAGCUGAUCGAGCGCCGGAAGAACGGCGCCGCGGCCGCCCGCGGCAAGCUCUCGGAGGCUGAGGUCCGCGCCAUGGCCGAGGUCGACUGA